UGUAAAGUUCUGAAUUUACAACCAACACAGAAGCCAGUGUCAAUGGACCUUCAUAGAGCGAGAAUCCUCAACCACAUGGAUUGUAACACUGAUGGUCGACAUUCUAAGGAUGGGAAAGUUAAAUCUUUCAAUGAAGAGCGGCUGGACAGUGGCCUCGACUCUCUCAAAGAUGAGGAAUAUAAAGUUGUCGCCUGUGAGCUCGAGCGUCUUCGUGUGGAUUGUCUCCCACCGCAGAGAGACGAAUGCGGCAAUGAACCGUGGAAGGAACACAUUUCAGAGGAUGGAGACACGCUUCUCCACCUUGCCAUUAUCCAUGAAGCCAAGGACUGUGCAAGGAAGAUGAUAGAGCUGUCAUGCAAUGAGCCUUUCCUCAAUCAAUAUAACCACCAGAGACAGACUCCUCUCCACCUGGCUGUGAUCACAGAGCAGGCUGAGAUAGUGGAGCAUCUCCUGAAGGCUGGCUGUGACCCCACGCUAGUGGACGACAGUGGCAACACAGCCCUUCACAUCGCCUGCAGGAAGGGUUCUCUCACCUGCUUCAGUGUCCUCACCCAGACCCAGGGCUGCUCUACCCAGCUCCCAGCCAUUAUGGCCACGCCAAACUACAGUGGUCAGAACUGUUUGCAUCUGGUCUCUAUCCAUGGCUUCCUCUCACUAGUGGAGAGCCUUGUUGAUCUCGGAGCUGACAUCGAUGCACAGGAGCAGUGUAAUGGCCGCAGCCCUCUCCACCUGGCUGUUGACCUACAGAACCUGGACUUGGUGCUGCUCCUGGUCAGUAAAGGGGCGAAUGUCAACAGCCUGACCUAUGGCGGUCACACGCCGUACCACUUGACCUACGGACGCCAGAACGCCUCCAUCGAAAGGGAACUGUAUGAGCUGACAGCUCAGGAGCUGAGAGAACUGCCAGACAGUGAGUCUGAGGACAGUGGGGAGGAGGAGGGACAGUCUGAUGAUGAAGUGGUGACAUGUUGGUAUGAUGACGUUCAAUUGAAUGGGUGCCAUUAGAAAAUAGACCACAGAACCUCCAAAGAACAGUAGUACAGGCAGAGACAGAAGCUCAUCUGUGCACAGGCUUUUAGCUUUGGUACAGUCGCAUGCCGAAGUGGUGCCAACCUCAGAGGUAGAGGAUGGCAGAAGACUGGUACAGCAGGGGUACAACAGACUGAGAAAGUGAUGAUGGACAGUGUGAACCACUGAGAAGAUGCCAGAUAAACAAAAUGGAUGCCAAUAAAUAAUUCUUUAUGGCUCUGAAAGAGACUCAUUAUCACAGCAUACAUCCAACCAACGAUGUAAUAACACCUACAUGUAUUAUAUUGUAAAUGGAUGUGAAUACAAAGAUUUAUAUUUUUAAAUGUGUAAAGUUUGACUAUUGUAAAUGAUUUCCAUUGUUUGUGGAAAGGUAAAGCAAGCCACACACUCCAGUAAAUUAAAACAAUACAUAUUUAA